GCCGCGAGCGCGAGAUCAUCGAAUUUCCAAAAGCACUCAGACUGCGUCUCGAGAUAAACAGAAACAUAGAAAUAUUCAAAUUGUCGUGUGCGGAGUGUGGGUGCAAGCAGAGAAUAUAACUCGAAAAUAUUCAGAAAACAAGCUCCUGGAUUUACGAGCAAUACCACUACCAAAAACCAAGUUACCAAUGUGUGAGCCACGGAAGUCAAGUGAAAACCAAGCGAAUAUGCCAAUAAACUAGAGACAUUUGGAUUACGAGAAGCCCACGCAUUUCGGAUUAUAAUACUGCGAAAGGCAGAAAAACCUAAGAAUUUUCUCAACGGCGCCAGAAUGGAGAGCCCCGCACAGAGUGUAAACGAAACCAAGGUGGAUCUGGGCCAGGAGAAGGAGGCCCAGGCGGAGGAGCAUUCUGCAGUCGCCGCCAAGGAGACCAUCAUUGACAUUCCCGCCUCCAUCGCCUGCAGCUCCUCGUCCUACGACACGGACUGCAGCACGGCCAGCAGUACCUGCUGCACCCGCCAGGGGGAGCACAUCUACAUGCAGCGCGAGGCCCUGCCGGUCGUGCCCCUUCCGGAGGCGGAGGAUCUGGGCCUGCUGAAGUACGUCCACCGGCAGCACUUUCCCUGGUUCAUCCUAGUGAUCUCCAUCAUUGAGAUUGCCAUCUUCGCCUACGACCGCUACACAAUGCCCGCCCAGAACUUCGGGCUCCCCGUUCCGAUUCCCUCGGAUUCGGUGCUGGUCUACCGCCCGGAUAGGCGGCUCCAGGUGUGGCGCUUCUUCAGCUACAUGUUCCUGCACGCCAACUGGUUCCACCUGGGCUUCAACAUCGUCAUCCAGCUGUUCUUCGGCAUCCCCCUGGAGGUGAUGCACGGCACGGCCAGGAUCGGGGUGAUCUACAUGGCGGGCGUGUUCGCCGGAUCCCUGGGCACGAGUGUCGUCGACUCGGAGGUGUUCCUGGUGGGCGCCAGCGGUGGCGUCUACGCCCUCUUGGCCGCCCACCUGGCCAACAUCACACUGAACUAUGCGCACAUGAAGAGCGCAUCCACGCAGCUGGGAUCUGUUGUCAUCUUCGUAUCCUGCGACCUGGGCUACGCUCUGUACACCCAGUACUUCGAUGGCGGCGCCUUCCCCAAGGGUCCCCAGGUGUCGUACAUCGCCCACCUGACGGGAGCUCUGGCAGGACUCACGAUCGGCUUCCUGGUGCUGAAGAACUUCGGGCACCGGGAGUACGAGCAGCUCAUCUGGUGGCUGGCCCUGGGCGUCUACUGUGCCUUUACCGUCUUCGCCAUUGUGUUCAACCUGAUCAACACGGUCACCGCCCAGCUGAUGGAGGAGCAGGGCGAGGUGAUCACCCAGCACCUGCUGCACGACCUGGGAGUGUCCUAAGCAUGAGGACCGCCGUCCGGAGUCACGUGCAGCGUCAGCUUCAGCUUCAGGAGAGAUCGAGAGACAGAGAGUUGGUGGAAAGGAAGAGUUCACUCAACGAUUUAGUUCAAAACUAAAUUCGAAAUUAGUUUGGCUUUUGCUUUGCGUUAGCAUUACCGAUACCGUUGCCGUUUGCAGUUACCGUUAACCGUGUUAGUUCCGAAACACCAUACACAAACUCAAAAACAAGAAAACCCAACUGAUAAUAUGAGAUGAGUAUGAACAUAAACCGAAGCCGAAACGUGUAAACAAAUGUUGUGAUAGAACCAAAGACUGAAUUUAUUUCGCGUGUAAAACAAAGUAAAAAUCAAGAGGGAAAUCAAGGAACAGAACUAAUCGCCUCUCGCUAUGAUUUAAAUUAACCCAUUAUCCAUGUUUUCGUUCGACGGUUUCUGCCUGUUUUCUUAAAUUAUGUAUUUAUUGGCCGCAAUUACUCCGAAUGAAUCGAAGCGUCAGCAAACCGCAUCAAAUUGUUUAUACACCCAUAAGCAUAAUCUGCCCCGAACUAUGUAGCUCUUAGCGAUUAAACACACUACGUACAUAACUAGGUAUAACUAGCCCCUAACAAAUUGUUUCAAAUUGUAAAUACUAUUAAGUCGCACACUAGUCAAACCAAACAGCAACUACAGCAACAAAAAACGAUGGGAAACCACAGCAAAGAACCAUUCAAUUCAGAUCAAUUAAGCAAAUCGAGUUAGAUUAAUUAAAGUCACUUAAUGCGUUACAAAAUCGAGCAAAUGUUUAUCGUAAUCCCCCCACACACACAAAGUAUUACUAAUUAUAUUUAUUUAUUGUAGUGCAGCGAGGGUUUAUUAAUUUGUCAAUCGAGCCAACUAUUUAUUUAUUUAUUUAAUAAUUUAGUGAAAUUCACACAAAACAAAAACAAGCACGAAAAAACAGAAAACAACACACAGAAGUGGGAAAAAGCAAGCAAUUCAACUGUAAAAUAUCCAAUUCAAAAAAUACACACGAAAAGCCAAAGAAAUAAAAUCAAAACAUUUCAAGAAUACAACAGAAUACAAGA